AUGGCGUUUGGCUUCGUUGUGCCAGCUACUGCAGUCUUGCUUUACCGCCGCCCCACGGUGCAAGGUGAACUGUUGCAAAUGCAGGGCGCAGAGGAGCUCGCGCCACAGCUUGUCGACGAGGGUUGGGUGCAGUCUUCGUCGUCUUCUCGUCUUGGGAUGGAGCUGGCCCUGGUCGUCAGCGACGGCCCGGUCGUCGGAGACGCCCCCGCCGCACAGGCGGAAGAGAGCGCACUUGCGGUGAGAGUUCUUCGCGACAAAGGUGGAAGGAAGCGGAAGGAUAGGAAAGACCACGAGCAGAUCGCCAUGGGCCUUGGCGCCGCGCUCCGCAACGCAACUAAGGCGCACAUUGCAGACCGUAGGCUCUCCACCGAGCCGAUCGCCCCCAGAUCGAGCCAGGGCGCCCCGACGUUGAUAGCUACGUGCGACCGGUGCAAAAUCGCUUGUUGCCCCAAGCAGCGGUGCUUCCAGGCGGUGGUCGACGACGACGGGGCCAACAAACUCUGCGCGCAAACGUUCGGCUGCUGCGCGGAGGCCGAGGAGGAGCUCAAUUACAAACGGCUGAAGCUCGAUAAUGCGAGAAGGCUCAGUCACCCCAUCCCUUCAAAGGUGGCCAACAACUUAGAGAUGGAAAAGGUCCCCGCGCAGGCGUGGCCGGACGACUGGCAGGUCAAGCAUCAGAGGCGCAGGAAGCCCGAGACCGAGCUCGAGCCUUAUUCGGCCGCGCGCACGGGGGCGCUGCAGCUCUUCGUCGACAAUCCGCCAGAGGGCGUCACCAUCCUUCCUGGCGCCGUGUGCCAGCAAGACCGCGUCCGCAUCGCGUUCAGAAUUUCUUCCGCUGUCCGGUUGUCGACGAACGUGGGUUUCCCCAUUCUCCUGAUGGAUUUCACUUCCAAGGCGAACCAGGACACUCGG